UAAACACUAAAGAAGAAGCGGAAGCGGCAAAGGAGAAAGAAGCAGAACAAGAAGAACCCGUGACGUCUUUCUAGGGGCGCCAAAUCCGGAGCGGACAGAAACACAACACGAAAGUUUUUAAGAGUCCCUUCGCCGUCUAAACAGCCGGCUGUCAUGGACCUGAGCUCCUUUGAAAUAGACAACUCGGUCAGCUGCCGACUGGCUUCUCAGAUCCCUGAUGUCUGCAGGACUGAGGACUGCUGUUUGGGCAUUGACGAGGCAGGAAGGGGGCCUGUGCUGGGGCCCAUGGUGUAUGGAAUAUGUUUUUGUCCAGUUUCCAAAAAGCAGGAGCUGAAGGACUCAAAAGUGGCAGAUUCAAAGACUCUAACGGAAGCAGAAAGAGAGAAUCUUUUCCAAAAACUGGAUGAAGCCAGAAGUUAUGUAGGCUGGGCUCUACAGAUUCUCUCACCAAACACAAUCUCUACAAGCAUGUUGCAGAGGACAAAAUACAACCUGAAUGCCCUCUCGCACGAUACAGCAAUUGGUCUAGUACAGUUUGCCUUGGACAGUGGAGUACAACUCAGAGAGGUAUUUGUUGACACAGUCGGCCCAGCAGAGAAGUAUGAGGAGAAACUCUCGAAGCGCUUCCCUGGUAUUGAGGUGACUGUGAGGCCAAAGGCUGACUCCCUCUUCCCCAUCGUCAGUGCAGCCAGUAUCUGUGCAAAGGUGGCCAGGGAUCGUGUUGUAAAGGGCUGGAACUUUGCUGAGGACCUGGGAGAGGUGGAUACAGACUACGGCUCAGGAUACCCCAACGACCCCAAAACUAAAGCGUGGCUGCUGAAGUACCUGGACCCAGUGUUCGGUUACCCUCAGUUUGUUCGAUUUAGCUGGAGCACUGCCCAAACCCUGAUGGACAGCAAGGGUGUGAUUGUCCACUGGGAUGAUGACGAGGAGGACGGGGAGAAAGCGGCGCAGCGGCAGAACAACAAGUCCAUGUUGUCAUUCUUCAGUGCAUCAGCUGGAGGUAACGACCAAAACCCGACCCACCAAACACACCGCUUCUUCUCUGAGCGGAGGCUGAAGAGCCUCGACACACUGUGAAGUGUAGAGGACAUGCACGCACAUACAGGGAACUAUAAGCUCUUUGUGAGAUUUUCAUAUACGGCCCAAAAAGAUCAGUCUUCGGCAGAGAUGUGAUGUGCCGAUAUGUGAUGUUUUUAUCACCGCUGCAGACUUAAAAGAACCUCUAUCUGUAUUUGUUCUGUUUGUAUCUGUUUUUAAUACAUAAAAGUAAUGUUUAAAACUUUCGUUUUACUUUUCUUUUGUAAUUCUACACCAUACACGUGAAAGAAGCAAACAGGCUUUGUUGAGAAAUGUCUUUAAUGCCAAUACAGCCCUCUGGUGGCAAUAUGAUAAAACACACCAGAGGUUGGAAAAGCGUUGGCGGUGUUCCACAUGAACGUUUAAGGGUCCCAAUACAAACAUAAUCUGAUGACUGACAUGGACAAAUGCUAAAUAACCACCAUAAUAUGACAACUGCAGAAUGAAAACAACUCAGCAUGUUCCACGUACCCUGAAAUCAUAGUCUCUUGUCCUGUAUCUCAUAUUUUUUAGGUUACAGUAGUAAGACUAUGGCUUAUAAUUUAUCUGUUAUGUAUAGAAUGAAACCUGAUAGUAGGGCUGAACAAUUAAUUAAAAACACAGUAUGGCCUGCUGCAAGUUUCAAAUUGCAGAAGGCGCAAUAUUUUUAGUGAUUUGUGUGUCAGAAUACUGUUUUAAAUUAAAUAUUGUCACACUACAGAGACGUCCUGGCCUACACAUCAUAUUCUACUGACCUUAAAUAUCUUUGUUUUGGGACAGAUCCCUGUAAAAAUUACGCCAUAAUUAAUUUUAAUGUGUUUCAGUGAAAAUGAGAAUAAUGAUCAUUCCCCCUAGUAAUAUAAAUCAUAUUGCAAUUGCAAUAUCAGUCAAAAUGAUCGCAAUUAGAUAAUUUUUUCAAAAUUGUUCAGCCCUACCUGAUACCAAAACGAGGAAUAUGUGUUACUACAAAACCUUUUUUUUUUUUUCAUUUAACAAAAGAAAACAAAGUUGUCAGAUUGUUGACUAAAUAAAAUACAGUCUUAAAUUUUGAUUCAAAU